AUGACAGGUCGUCGCCUACCUCUUGACUGGUGUCGCAAGCUGCGAGUGUGUAAUAUCUACUCUCUUUUGGAUGCGGCAUCUCUCGUCUCCACCUCGCCAUUAGAUCUUAGUGAUGCGGAUUCUGCCCCCGAUUUUACGGUUCUGAGCUUCUAUAAAAUCUUUGGAUUUCCGGAUCUCGGUGCCCUUAUCGUUCGCAAAGGCGCCCACAAUAUCUUUGAUAAGCGGAAGUACUUUGGAGGGGGCACGGUUGGUAUGGUUACCAGCCUUGAAGAUCAGUGGCAUGCGAAGAAAUCGACUUCAGUCCAUGAUCAACUCGAAGAUGGCACCCUCCCUUUCCACGGCAUUAUUGCUUUGCAUUCUGCUUUGGAUGUACACGAACGCCUUUACGGUUCCAUGGAGAAUAUUUCGCGCCACACAGGCUCGCUGGCCAAAGUACUGUAUGAUAGCAUGGCUGCUAAAAGGCAUGCAAAUGGAACCGUUGUUUGUGAGAUGUAUAAGCAUAAGGAUUCCAGUUUCGAUGAACGGACUACCCAGGGCCCCAUAGUUUCAUUCAACCUGAGGAAUAGCGAUGGCGAAUGGGUUGGGAAAUCGGAAGUUGAGAAGCUCGCGGCAGUGAAAAAUAUUCAAAUUCGGUCCGGGACGCUAUGUAAUCCAGGUGGAAUGGCAUACCACCUCUGCUUGAAAACUGAGGAAAUGAAACGGAAUUACAACGCUGGUCAACGUUGUGGAGAUGACAAUGACAUAAUCGAUGGCAAACCAACUGGGGGCUUAAGGGUUAGUCUGGGAGCUAUGAGUUCCAUCCGCGAUAUUAAUCGAUUCCUCGACUUUAUUGAUGAGUUUUAUGUGGACAAAUCCAACGCAAACACCGUUCUCACACCUCAGGGUGUUAUGCAAUCCAAGAGAGGGCCCCAGCCUUCUAGCUUUUAUGUCGACAAGCUCUGCGUGUAUCCGAUCAAAAGUUGUGGAGCAUUUAUAGUCCCCGAUGGCAAGCAAUGGGAGGUCAAACCAGAAGGCCUCGCAUGGGAUAGAGAAUGGUGUCUAAUGCACCAGGGCACGGGGUUGGCUCUCAACCAGAAAAGAUACCCUCGAAUGGCUCUCAUCCGCCCUGUGAUUGAUCUUGACAACGGCAUCCUACAAAUUUCACGUUGGAUGCCCGGCGCUGAUGAUAACCCCCUGAAGUUACCCUUAUCAGACCAAUAUGUCGACAUCUCAACAGCUGAACUCUGUGAAAAUUCCAUGAAAAAGUCUUCCACGUCGUACGGAAAAUCCACAACUAAGGGCACUAGAGCAGUUGCCGCUGAUAGGGUUCCGCGUGGGGUCCCACAAAUUCGACGUCUUGGGCUCGUGUCAACGGUGCCAGAUGGUUUGUGUAGACCAGUUCACGGCGGUCAGGAGCGAGGAACCGUUCUCACACUGGCGAAGACGAGGAAAGUUGACGGCAAGGUUAAAUGUGGAAGACAUGUGUGCCUUUCGCAUGAUAAUUCGGAGGAUGGUGUAGACGGAAGAGGGAAGGUUAUGAUAAUGACUGGUCAGGUUGUUGAGCCGUUUGAAGCUGUUUAUGUUGGAUAUCGUGAACAAGUUCCGCAAUAA